CAACCAGGACUGAGCUGAGAAGUUUUAGUUGAAGAAGCAUACGAGCGAGAAUCGGGGCCGUCUCCGUCUUCCUCCCCUGGCCGCUCCCUUCGCCGUUUCGCUCUCGUUUCGGGGCGCGCCAAGAAAUCAGAAGCCCGCCUGAGCUGAGGGGCUUUUGAUUGGUCAUGGCAAUGAUGAUGCCUGACCUCAGCUUCUCAGGAUCUGUCUGCAAUCCGAAGCUCCAAUGGUUGAGGGCAUCGUUGAAUGAGACGCCUUUGGUUAAGAGAUCUCUGGUGUUCCGCACUGAAGCUCGGUCAGCCGAAACUGAGAAAUAUGGUUCCAAUGGCCGUGUGAUAAAGAUGGUCCCCACAACAGAGUUGAAAAGGAGCAAGAGUGGUGUCCGAGUAAGGCCAGACACAGUUAAUGGUUCUCCAGAUGGAGCUGUCAAUAGCUUGACCAAGGUGACUGUUAAUGGUUCUCCUACGGCUGCUGUCAAUGGUUCGACCAAAGCGAUAGUUAAUGGUUCUCCAAAAUUGGCAGUUAAUGGGACUAGUUUGGUUAAAGGAAGCAAAACGUCUGCUCUAGUGACCCAAAAGCGAAUGAGACCCAAUGAUGAGCCCUUUGAAGAGGAGCUGAAGGUAUUGCCUUCUGAUGAAGGAUUCAGUUGGGCAAAAGAUAAUUACAACUCUUGGCAGAGGAGCGCAGAUAUCUGGUCUUUUGUUCUUUCUCUUCGAAUCCGUGUUCUAUUCGACAAUGCAAAAUGGGCCUAUCCAGGUGGAUUCUUGGAGGAAAAACAGAAAGUUCGUAGGAGGAAAACUGCUUCAUGGUUAAGAGAACAAGUAUUGCAGCUUGGUCCAACGUUUAUUAAGCUCGGACAGUUAUCUUCCACAAGAUCUGAUCUAUUUCCAAGGGAAUUUGUUGACGAGCUUGCAAAAUUGCAGGAUAGAGUACCUGCAUUUUCUCCUGAGAAGGCAAGGGCUUUCAUAGAGAAAGAAAUGGGUUGCCCAAUUGAAGUUGUGUUCAAGGAAUUUGAGGAUCGUCCGAUAGCUGCUGCCAGUCUUGGUCAGGUACAUCGUGCGGUGCUUCACAAUGGAGAGAGAGUGGCAGUUAAAGUGCAGCGACCAGGGCUCAGAAAACUUUUUGACAUUGACCUAAGGAAUCUAAAACUAGUAGCUGAGUAUUUUCAGAGAAGUGAGACAUUUGGUGGUCCUUCAAGGGAUUGGAUUGGUAUUUAUGAGGAGUGUUCUAAAAUUCUGUAUGAAGAAAUUGAUUAUAUCAAUGAAGGAAAGAACGCAGACAGAUUUCGUCGAGAUUUCAGAAAUAUAAAGUGGGUCCGUGUGCCACUUAUCAUGUGGGACUACACAACUGAAAAGGUGUUAACCCUGGAGUACGUUCCUGGUAUUAAAAUAAACAACUUGGGUCUGUUGGACAGUCGGGGCUAUAGUCGUUCCAUGAUUGCAUCUCGUUCAAUAGAAUCUUACCUAAUUCAGAUACUGAAGACCGGUUUCUUCCAUGCUGACCCACAUCCUGGAAACCUUGCUAUAGACACGGAUGGCUCUCUUAUAUAUUAUGAUUUCGGAAUGAUGGGUGAAAUAAAAUCAUUCACUCGAGAGAGAUUACUCUCCUUGUUUUAUGCUGUGUAUGAGAAGGAUGCAAACAAGGUUAUGAAAGCUCUAAUUGACCUGGAAGCUCUCCAGGCAACAGGAGACCUUUCACCGGUUAGAAGGUCCAUACAAUUUUUCUUGGACAAUCUUCUGAGUCAGACGCCAGACCAACAGCAAACUUUGGCUACAAUUGGAGAGGACUUGUUUGCAAUAGCACAGGAUCAACCUUUCCGUUUCCCAUCCACAUUUACAUUUGUCAUAAGGGCCUUCUCAACUCUCGAAGGGAUUGGAUAUAUAUUGGAUCCGGACUUUUCCUUUGUGAAAGUUGCUGCACCAUAUGCACAGGAACUGCUAGACUUGAAACAAAGACGAACAAGUGGACCUGAACUAGUUCGGGAGAUCAGAAAGCAAGCAAACAGUGCUCGUGACUCUACUAUCUCAAUGCCCUACAGAAUACAGCGAAUCGAGGAUUUUGUUGGGCAACUUGAGUCUGGUGACCUGAAACUUAGAGUCAGAGUACUUGAGUCUGAAAGAGCUGCUCGUAAGGCCAAUAUACUUCAGAUGGCGACCAUGUAUACAGCCAUGGGUGGUACAUUCUUGAAUGUUGGGGUCACAUUAAGUAGUCAAGGGAACCAAAUGAUCGCAAAUGGGUCUUUCGUUGGUGCAGGCAUAUUCUUGGCAUUACUCAUAAGAUCUAUGCAGCGAGUGAAGAAACUCGACAAAUUCGAGACGAUGAUAUGAUUAUCAACUUCUCGUGUCAUUUAGAAGGCUCAUUCUAUUGGUUUUGCUGGAGGCGUGAUUUGUGCUAAGAGCAUGGCAAGACAAUGGAUCGGUUUUCUUUUAUUCUGUAAAAAAAAAUACAUGGGGAGUUUAUCCCUUUAUAGCCAUACAUAUGUAGUUUGGUAGGAAAUGCCAUUCUUUAAAAAACGAUGGAAUUAACUUGUUACAGCCUGUAAAUCUGUACAAAUGUAUCAUUUUUGAGCCAAGGUCUCUCUCUCAGGUUAACCAGUUGAAAGGGGAAAUCUUGGAAUUCAAAACCUAUUUUGCCCGCAUUGGCCGUUUGAUUCUAU